AGAUUGGAGUUGGUCUGAUGGGAUUUGGUUUAUUUUUCCUGCUCUUUGGUGUGCUGCUGUACUUUGACUCUGUCUUGUUGGCGUUCGGAAAUCAUCUCCAUCCGAGUCUGUCGGCCACUCUCUCGAUCACUUCUCCCUGCGUCGCCAUCAUACAACUCUACUAAAUGUCCUGGUUGUGUCUUCAAACCUCAGCUGUUUUACAACCACGGUUGUUCUCUGUGACUCCCUCUACGUCUCAGAUCCUCUUCCUGAGUGGGUUGACCUUCAUCAUCGGUUUAAGGAGGACAGCUCACUUCUUUUUUCAAAGACACAAGUUCCGAGGUUCCUUCUUCUUCCUGGGAGGGGUCUCUCUGGUGCUGUGUCGUUGGCCCAUCAUUGGGAUGCUGGUGGAGAGUUACGGCUUCGUUCUGCUGUUCAGGUCCUUUUUCCCUAUGGCCGUGGGAUUCGUCUUGUCAGCUCUAAACAUCCCCUACCUCAGCACAUAUUUCUCCAGCAGCUCCUCCAUGGUCUGAGCAGAAGAAGGUCAUCAGCGAAGAACAACAAAUAUUUAUUUGGUUGAAAACCCUAAAGAAUAAGUUAUUUUUUACAAUGCCCUGUAUUUUCUACAGCUUUAAAUCACAACAACAACAAAACAAUGGAAUGAAAAUGGUCUUGACAGAUUAAACAUCAGCUGAUCCCAGAUCUGUUCUCUGUGACGUCAGUCAGCAUGUAAAACUAUUUGGUUUUUUUUUCCCAAAAUAUGGUGUUCCCUCUCUA